AGUCCCUUUCUCACACAAGCAAUGCUAUGACAUGCCCACAUUCUCUUCACAUCCUACACCAUCGUCAACUGCACCUCUCUCCCACCAAAACCCCACAAACCACUUCUCUUACUCACCACUCUCCACACCCACCAUUCCUCAACAAAACCCAAAACCCAACAUCCUCCAAAAAUGCAUUGCUCUCCUGCUAACAUGCGCUUCCUCCAACUACAAGCUCAGGCAAAUCCAUGCCUUCUCUAUCAAACAUGGUGUCCCUCUCACCAACCCAGACAUCGGCAAAAACCUUAUCUUCCAACUUGUGUCCCUCUCAGGACCCAUGUCCUAUGCUGACAAAAUCUUUACACAAAUCCUAAACCCAAACAUAUUCACUUGGAACACCAUGAUUAGAGGCUAUGCUGAGAGUGAAAACCCAAGUCCAGCUGUUGAGAUUCACCACAAAAUGCAUUUGAACUCUGUUGAACCUGACACACACACAUACCCUUUUCUUCUAAAGGCCAUUGCCAAAUUAAUGGAUGUUAGAGAGGGUGAAAUGGUUCAUUCCAUUGCUGUGAAAAACGGGUUUGGGUCAUCGGUCUUUGUGCAGAACACUUUGGUUCAUAUGUAUGCCGCUUGUGGGCAUGCUGAGAGUGCACACAAGGUGUUUGAGUUAAUGCCCGAGAGAAACCUUGUGGGUUGGAAUUCUGUGAUUAAUGGGUUUGCACUCAAUGGAAUGCCCAAUGAGGCGUUGACACUUUACAAGGAAAUGGGUUUGGAGGGUGUUGAGCCUGAUGGGUUCACCAUGGUUAGCUUGCUUACCGCUUGUGCCGAGCUUGGGGCUUUGGCAUUGGGUAGGAGGACUCAUGUGCACAUGUUGAAGGUCGGGUUGAACAAGAAUUCGCAUGCUUCUAAUGCCCUUUUGGACCUUUAUGCCAAGUGUGGAAGCAUUAGGGAGGCACAAAAGGUUUUUGAUGAGAUAGGCGAAAGGUGUGUGGUUUCUUGGAAUUCUUUGAUUGUUGGUUUGGCUGUGAAUGGGUUUGGUAAGGAAGCCAUUGAGCUUUUCAAGGAGUUGGAGAGAGAGAGAUUGGUUCCAACUGAAAUUACUUUCAUAGGAGUGUUGUAUGCUUGUAGUCAUUGUGGGAUGGUGGAUCAGGGGUUUGCUUAUUUUAAGAGGAUGAAAGAUGAAUUUGGCAUUGUGCCGAGGAUAGAACAUUAUGGUUGCAUAGUUGAUUUGUUGGGUAGGGCAGGUUUGGUGAAGAAAGCAUACGAAUACAUUCAAAACAUGCCAUUGAAGCCUAAUGCCGUUGUUUGGAGGACUUUAUUAGGGGCAUGCACGAUACACGGGCAGUUGGCCCUUGGGGAGGUCGCAAGAGCCCAACUCAUGCGAUUAGAUCCUAAGCAUAGCGGAGAUUAUGUGCUUCUCUCUAAUCUCUAUGCAUCAGAGCGGCGUUGGAUGGAUGUGCAAAAUGUGAGGAGGACAAUGCUGGAGGAAGGGGUGAAAAAAACACCAGGGUAUAGCCUUGUUGAGCUAGGAAAUCAUGUCUAUGAAUUCGUCAUGGGAGAUAGAUCUCAUUCCCAAAGUGAGGAUAUAUAUGCGAUGUUAGGGGAGAUUACAAAGAAGUUGAAAUUGGAAGGUUAUGCCCCUCAUACUGCAAAUGUGCUUGCAGACAUUGAAGAAGAGGAAAAGGAAACUGCAUUGUCCUAUCAUAGCGAGAAGAUUGCAAUUGCAUUCAUGCUUGUUAAUACGCCACCCAAGAGCCCAAUUAGAGUUGUGAAGAACUUGAGGGUGUGUGCAGAUUGCCACCUCGCCAUAAAACUCAUAUCCAAGGUUUUUGAUCGAGAGAUUGUUGUGAGGGAUCGUAGUCGGUUCCACCAUUUUAAAGAUGGAUCUUGUUCUUGUAGAGAUUAUUGGUAAAAUUUUCAGAUGGAUUUUAGGUUUAAUUUCUCAAUUUAAUUGAUGUAAUGAUUUUUCUGUUGAUUAAUUGAGAGUUAAUAGAUCAUAAAUACAAGUGAUGAGAAGUUCUACAAUUUUCUUUAUUGGGGUGGCGGUUGUAGACAAAACUUUGAAACUCAGAAGUGAAGUUACUCAACUUCUUGUCCU